CCCGAGAAACAGCCCCUGCCAUGACUACAAACCGGGAGGUAGCACCGGGACUUGUGAGGAGACCGGAAUGCGCAUACAGGAAAGGGGACGGAAUACGGAUUUUUGCUAUAAUGAAGUCGGGAGUGCAGGUGCACCAUUGGAGCCGGGUGCUGUUCCUAUAUAUGGGGCUACUGGCCGCCUCAGUAAAGGCUCAGAACUGCAGUUACACACUAAACAGUCCCAAUGGGACGAUAGAGAGCCCCGGCUACCCGUACGGUUAUCCCAACUACGCCAACUGUACGUGGGUGAUCGUAGCGGCGGAGCACAACCGGAUACAGCUGGUGUUUCAAGGCUUCGCUCUGGAGGAGGACUUUGACAUCUUGUCUGUAUAUGACGGGCCGCCCAGCCCAGGGAACCUGCGAACACGGUUAUCAGGGUUCCAGCUGCCUUCACCCAUUGUGAGUACAGGCUCCAGGAUCACACUGUGGCUACUGUCUGACUACGCGGUCAGUGGACAGGGAUUUAAGGCUGUCUAUGAAGCUCUGCCCAGCUACACUUGUGGUAAUCCUGGACAGCUACUCAAUGGCCACCAGCAGGGGUCCACGUUCAACAUUGGGGACAAAAUCCGCUACAGCUGCAGCCCGGGAUACGUGCUUGAGGGUCACACAACCCUGUCCUGCCUCGCCACUUCAGCGGGCACUGCUGCCUGGGAUUUCCCCCUUCCCUACUGCAGAGCGGAUGAUGGGUGUGGCGGGACACUGCGGGGCCAGAGUGGGGUGAUCACCACUCCCAAUUACCCGUCCGAGUACAACAACAACGCUGACUGCACCUGGACGGUGCUGGCCGAGCCAGGAGACACCAUUGCCCUGGUUUUCUCCGACUUUCAGCUGGAGGACGACUAUGACUUGCUGGAGGUCAGCGGCACUGACGGCUCUUCACAAUGGUUCACUGGCCCCAACCUUCCCUCGCCCAUCAUUAGCAGCAAGAACUGGCUUCGGCUGCACUUUACCUCUGACGGCAACCACAAGUUGAGAGGUUUCAGCGCCCAGUACCAAGUUAAGAAGAUGACUGAACUUAAGUCUCGAGGUGUAAAGAUGUUGCCUAGCAAAGACAAUCACCACAAGAUAUCAGUGUUGUCUCAGAUGGGUGUCGCGCAGGGACACAACAUGUGUCCAGACCCGGGCAUCCCAGACCGAGGAAAAAGAAAAGGCACAGACUACGGGCGAGGAUCCACGGUGCAUUUCUCCUGCGACGAGGGUUAUGAACUGCAAGGCUCAAAGAGCAUCAGCUGUCUCCGAGUCACAGACAGCUACGUGGGAUGGAGUGACGACCGGCCUAUAUGCAGAGCACCGAUGUGUGGAGGUCAGUUGAAAGGACCCAGUGGUGUCAUCACGUCCCCAAACUACCCGGUCCAAUAUGACAACAAUGCUAACUGCACUUGGCUCAUCUCAGCCACGGACAUGACCAAGGUGAUAAAGCUGACCUUUGUGGACUUUGACCUGGAACGAGGCUACGACACCCUGACGGUGGGAGACGGGGAGGUGGUGGGAGACCAGAAGACCGUCUUCCACGUCCUGUCUGGAACCACGACUCCAGACCUUGUGGUUAGCACCAGUCACCAGAUGUGGCUCAACUUCAAAACAGACGACACCAGUGGCUCCCUGGGAUUCAAGGUGUCUUUUGAAGAAAUUGACCAGGGAAGUUGUGGAGAUCCUGGAUUCCCAGCGUACGGAAAGCGAGAAGGGACAGGUUUCCGCCACGGGGACAAACUGUACUUUGAGUGUCUGCCUGCGUUUGAGCUGGUGGGGAAGAAGAACAUCACCUGCCAGAAGAACAACCAGUGGUCAGCGAAGAAACCCAGCUGCGUCUUUUCCUGUUUCUUCAACUUUACCACUCCAUCCGGGGUGCUCCUGUCUCCUAACUACCCUCAGGAGUACGGCAACAACAUGCACUGUGUGUGGCUCAUCAUCAGCAACCCUGAGAGCCGCAUCAAUCUGGCCUUCAACGACCUCAGCAUGGAGAAACAGUUCGACUUCCUCUCCAUCAAGGACGGGGGAAAGGCGGAGUCUCCUAUCCUGGGCACCUUUUCCGGUAACGUCCUACCUCCUUCAAUAACAACCAGUGCCCAUGUGGCCCGGCUAGAGUUCCUGACUGACCACACCUACACAGACAGAGGCUUCAACAUCACCUUUACAACAUUUCGCCAUAACGAGUGCCCAGACCCGGGUGUGCCGGUGAAUGGGAAGCGCUUCGGUGAGAGCCUUCAGCUGGGCAGCUCCAUCUCCUUUCUGUGUGAGGAGGGCUUCGUCAAGACUCACGGCUCGCAGACAGUCUCUUGCAUUCUCAAGGAUGGCAACGUGGUGUGGGAUAAUGCAGUUCCCCGCUGUGAAGCCCCGUGUGGAGGGGAACUGAAGGCUCCCAGUGGGAUCAUCCUCUCCCCCGGCUGGCCAGAACUCUAUAAGGAGGCCCUUAACUGUGAAUGGAUCAUUGAGGCUCCUCCAGGCUACCCCAUCAAGAUCAUCUUCGACAAGUUCCGCACAGAGGUCAACUAUGACAUCCUCGAGGUGCGCGAUGGACGUUUUCCCUCUUCACAUCUCAUUGGCAGUUACCAGGGAACCCAGGUUCCCCAGUUCCUCAUCAGCACCUCCAAUUUCCUGUUUCUCUUCUUCUCAACUGACAAGAGCCACUCGGACAUCGGAUUCCGCAUACGUUACGAAACCCUGCAGCUCCAGUCGGAUCACUGCGUGGACCCGGGUAUACCUGUCAACGGACAGCGACACGGCAAUGACUUCUAUGUGGGAGCCUUGGUGACAUUUACCUGUGACGCAGGGUACACACUUAGCGACACAGAGCCUUUAGAAUGUGAACCCAAUUUUCAGUGGAGCCGCCCCCUGCCUACCUGUGAUGCAUUGUGUGGAGGUUACAUCCAGGGCAACUUUGGCACCAUCCUGUCCCCUGGCUUCCCAGACUUUUACCCACACAACCUGAACUGCACGUGGAUAAUCGAGACCUCCCAUGGCAAAGGCGUCCAAUUCACCUUCCACACGUUCCACCUGGAGAGCCCUCAUGACUUCCUGUUGGUGACGGAGAACGGCAGCUUCUCCCAGCCCCUGUGGAGGCUGAUGGGCUCCACUCUGCCCCCCCCUCUCAGCGCAGGCCUGUUUGGAAACUACACGGCUCAGAUCCGCUUCCUCUCCGACUUCUCCGUUUCCUAUGAGGGAUUCAACAUCACUUUCUCUGAGUAUGAUUUGGAGCCAUGCGAGGAUCCCGGGAUCCCGCCCUACAGUACCAGGAAGGGCCUGCAGUACGGAGUGGGCGACGCCCUCAUCUUCUCCUGUUUCCCGGGUUACCGACUGGAGGGUCCGGCGAGGGUGAUCUGCUUAGGGGGCAGGAGGCGGGUGUGGAGCUCACCUCUGCCAAGGUGUGUGGCUGAAUGCGGCUCAUCCGUGACUGGCAUGCAAGGGGUGCUGCUCUCACCCAACUACCCCGGUUACUACGGCAACUACCACGAGUGCAUCUACUCUAUCCAGACGCAGCCGGGAAAAGGCAUCCAGCUACGAGCACGCGAAUUCAGACUGGAGGAGGAUGACAUGCUGAAAGUCUUUGAUGGCAGCAGUAAUAAGGCUCGUCUGCUGGGGGUGUUUACAGGCAGCGAGAUGCUAGAGACCACUUUGAACACCACCUCCAGCUCCAUGUGGCUGGAGUUUGUCAGCAAUGCGGAUAACACCAGCAAAGGCUUUGAACUGCACUUCAUUAGUUUCGAGCUGGUGAAAUGUGAGGAUCCAGGUGCUCCUCAAUUUGGCUACAAGCGGGAGGACAAGGGUCACUUUGCAGGGAGCACCGUGUCGUAUAACUGUGACCCAGGCUACACCCUGAAAGGACCCGAGGUGCUCACCUGCCUGAGGGGGGAGAGGAGGUCAUGGGACAGCUCCCUCCCACUCUGUAUGGCGGAGUGUGGGGGCGCCCUCAAGGACGAGCUUUCUGGUCGUAUCCUGUCUCCGGGCUACCCAGCGCCCUAUGAGCACAACCUGCACUGCAUCUGGACCAUCGAGGCCCCCUCUGGAAGCACUAUUAGUCUGCACUUCCUGGUUUACCACACGGAGGAGGUCCACGACGUGCUUCGAAUCUGGGACGGGCCCCAGGAGGGAGGGGUCCUCCUGAGGGAGCUGAGCGGCUCCUCGCUGCCCCCGGACAGCCACAGCACCUUCAACACUGUCAGCCUGCAGUUCACCACAGACUUCUUCACAAGCAAGCAGGGCUUUGCUAUGCAGUUCUCUGUCUCCACGGCAACCUCCUGCAAUGAUCCGGGCCUGCCCACCAAUGGGACGCGCGGCGGAGACAGCAGGGAGCCCGGGGACCAUGUGGUGUUCCAGUGUGAUCCUGGCUACGUCCUGCAGGGGGCCAACAGGAUCACCUGCACAGAGAUCAAUGGACGCUUCUUCUGGCAGCCUGACCCUCCCACCUGCACAGCUCCAUGCGGUGGGAACCUGACGGGUCCUGCUGGUCUGAUUCUGUCUCCGGACUAUCCCGAACCUUACCCCCAUGGGAGGGAGUGUGACUGGACAGUUUCCGUCACACAGGACUAUGUCAUCGCUCUUAGCUUCAACCAGUUCAGCUUGGAGCCUAGUUAUGACUUCCUACAUAUCUACGAUGGGCCGGACUCCCUGGGCCCCCUGCUGGGUAGUUUCUAUGGCACAGACGUUCCCGAUCGCAUCGAGAGCAGCUCCAACACGCUCUUCCUGGCUUUCCGCAGCGAUGCUUCCCUCAGCAGCAAUGGAUUUGUGCUGCAGUACAAAGAGAACCCCAGGGAGUCGUGCUUCGAGCCGGGCGUGGUGCGCAAUGGGACUCGGGUGGGCGCCGACCUCAAGCUGGGCUCCACCGUCACCUACCACUGCGACAGUGGCUACACACUAGAGGGAGACCAAACCGUCACUUGCAUCAUGGGGGGAGACGAAAAGCCGAGCUGGAACAAACCCAAACCCAUCUGCAUCGCUCCGUGUGGUGGACAGUACUCGGGUUUGGAGGGAGUUGUCUUGUCUCCUGGUUUCCCUGGCAACUACAGCCGUUCAAGAACAUGUCUGUACACUGUGGUGGUGCCAAAGGAUUACGUGGUCUUCAGUCAAUUCGCCUACUUCCAGACUGCUCUGAAUGACAUUGUGGAGGUUUAUGAUGGGGCGACACAGCACUCCCGUGUUCUCAGCUCCCUCUCUGGAGCACACACAGGCGAGUCAUUGUCAUUAGCAACUUCCAACCAAAUUCUAAUCCGCUUCACCUCCAAAGGCCAAUCGAGCUCCAGAGGAUUCCACUUGGCCUACCAGGCUGUGCCACAGACCAGCGCCACCCAGUGCAGCUCCGUCCCUGAGCCCAGGAAUGGCCGCCGUAUGGGAAACAACUUUGCCGUUGGCGCUGCGAUCCGCUUUGAAUGCACUCCGGGUUAUACGCUGGAGGGGCCGAGUGCCAUCGAAUGUUUGACGGUUCCCAACGCCCUGGCACAAUGGAACACUACCAUACCCAGCUGUAUAGUUCCAUGUGGAGGUAAUCUGACCCAAAGAACCGGCACCAUCUUAUCUCCUGGCUUUCCCGAGCCUUACCUCAACAGCCUCAACUGUGUCUGGAAGAUCACGGUCCCCGAAGGAUCAGGAAUCCAGAUCCAGGUGAUCAGCUUUGUCACCGAGCAGAACUGGGACUCGCUGGAGGUGUUUGACGGAGGAGACAACACCGACACCAUGCUUGGCAGCUUCUCAGGCACCACGGUACCUGCGCUCCUCAACAGCACCUCCAACCAACUCUACCUCCACUUUUUCUCUGAUAUCAGUGUGUCUGCAGCUGGGUUUAGGCUGGAAUACAAAACGGUGUCUCUGACCAGCUGCCCAGAGCCUGUGGUUCCUAUGAAUGGCAUCAAGGUUGGGGAGCGUCUCCAGAUGAACAAUGUGGUCUCUUUCCAGUGUGAACCUGGGUAUACUCUACAGGGAAACUCGCAUAUCACCUGUAUGCCGGGAACUGUCAGGCGAUGGAACUACCCACCUCCUCUCUGCAUAGCUCAAUGUGGAGGAAUCAGGGAGGAAAAUGAGGGUAUGAUUCUCAGCCCUGGUUUCCCUGGCAACUAUCCUAGCAACGGUGACUGUACCUGGAGAAUAUACCUGCCAGUUGGAUACGGAGCCAACCUUCAGUUCCUCAACUUCUCCACCGAGGCCAACCACGAUUUCCUCGAGAUACGCAAUGGGCCCCUUGAUACGAGCGCAGUGAUUGGCCGAUUCAGCGGCCAGGAUAUUCCCUCCUCAUUACUCACCACUUCCCACGAGACCACAAUAUAUUUCCACAGCGACCAUUCACAGAACAAACCGGGGUUCAGAUUCGAGUACCAGGCCUAUGAGCUUCAGGAGUGCCUGGAUCCAGAGCCUUUCCGGUACGGAGUGGUGGUGGGGGCCGGCUUCAACGUGGGCCAGUCCAUUUCCUUUGAGUGUCUGCCCGGUUAUCUGCUAAUGGGACAUUCCAUCCUCACCUGUGAGCAUGGCACCACACGAAAUUGGGAUCACCCUUUCCCUCGAUGUGAAGUGCCUUGUGGUUGGAACAUCACAUCAGACAAUGGGACCAUCUUCUCCCCGGGUUACCCAGAGGAGUACCCCAACUCAGCAGACUGCUCCUGGCUGAUCACCGUGGCUCCUGGCUUCGGCAUCAAAGUCAACUUCACCCUGCUUCAGGUUCACGGGCCGCACGACUUCAUCACUGUCUGGGAUGGUCCACUGGAGACAGCCAGAAAACUGGGAGUGUUCACUGAUGGCGAGCCCAACGAGCCGCCCAGCAGCACAUCCAAUCAGCUGCUCAUUCGUUUCCGUAGUAACGCGGAGAAGGGUGGACUAUUCCAAAUCAGCUAUCAAGCGUACAGACUACAGUUCUGCCUGCCUCCUCCCAUCAUCCCUAAUGCAGAGAUCCUGAUGGCAAGCAAAGAGUUUAAAAUAGGGGAUAUAGUGCGCUACAGAUGUCUUCCAGGCUACCAUUUAAGUGGAAACAGCAUCCAGACCUGCCGGCUGGGGACAUACUUGGAGUUUGAGGGGCCUCCACCCUCAUGUGAUGUGACAUGUCCCAUGAAUGAGAUCCUGACAGCUUCAACAGAUGUCAUCAUGAGCCUGUCACCAGGCAACGGUUUCCCACAUUUCGAGUCCUGCUCCUGGGUGGUCAAAGUGGAGUCCGGCUACAACAUCACCUUCACUGUUGAACAAUUCCAGACCAGCCGUCAGUUUGAUGAGCUCGAGAUCUUUGAUGGCCCAACCAGACAGAGCCCUCUCCUGAUUACCCUCAGUGGUAACUAUUCCAGCCCUCUGAGCAUCACCAGCUCCAGUAACAGGGUCUACCUGCACUGGUCCUUCGAUCACACCACCAGCCACAAAGGCUUUCGCAUACGCUACUCAGCUGCCUACUGCAGCCCUCCGAACAACCCUGUAAACGGCACGGUGCACAGUCUGACGGGCACCAAGCUGGGCAGCACCCUGCGUUUCAACUGUGACCUGGGCUUCCGGCUUAUUGGACAGAGCAGUGCCACAUGCACCCGCACAGCACAGGGGAUCCACCAGUGGAACGCACCAGUGCCACUUUGCCAAGUGAUGUCCUGUGGAAUGCCAUUACCUCCGAUAAACGGCAGUAUUGUGGGCCAGGACUUCUCUCUAGGAGCUACGGCCACGUACCAGUGUAAUCCCGGAUUUCGCCUGGCUGGGCCUGUCACCACCUCAGUGUCAUGUCAGGAGUCUGGGAGCUGGAGCCCCAUUGAGACCCCGCCCAGAUGUAUUCCGGUGACCUGCCCCGACAUCGGCCACUCUGCUGUUGAACAUGGGAGAUGGAGGCUGAUCUAUGGCACUCAAAACCAAUAUGACACUAUAAUGAUGAUCAUAUGUGACCCGGGGUAUUACUACAGGGGUCAAAUGGUCAUUCGAUGCCAGGCCAACAGCACCUGGAACUACCCUGAUCCACGUCCAGUCUGCGAGAUCAUCUCCUGCGGGGACCUUGGGACUCCACCAAAUGGCAACAAGAUUGGAACACUGACUGUGUAUGGAGCCACCGCCAUCUUCUCCUGCAACACAGGGUAUACCUUGGUGGGCUCUCGGGUACGAGAGUGUAUGUCCAAUGGGCUUUGGAGUGGAUCACAGGUCCAGUGUCUAGCUGGUCAUUGUGGCAACCCAGAGCCCAUAGUGAACGGACAGAUCAUUGGGGAGAAUUAUAACUUUCGAGGCAGCGUUGUGUACCAGUGUAAUCCAGGAUUUCGUCUCAUUGGUGUGUCGGUGCGAAUCUGUGAACAAGCUCACGAAUGGUCUGGAAACACUCCUGUCUGUGUCCCCAUCACAUGUGGUCACCCUGGCAACCCUACUUUCGGAUCGACCCAAGGAGCCCAGUUCAACUUGAAUGACGCUGUGCGCUUUGUCUGCAACACCGGAUACGUUCUGCAAGGGGCUGUAAAAUCUAGCUGCCAGUCCAAUGGGCAGUGGAGCAACGCCCUCCCCAGGUGUAAAAUUGUGAACUGCACAGAGCCGGGUCACGUGGAGAACAGCAUCAGGCAGAUACUGGCGAGCGGGCCGCACCGCUACAGCUUCCAGACCACUGUGUCGUACCGCUGUAACCCCGGAUACUACCUGCUGGGCACCAGCUCCCUGUCCUGUCAGGGGGACGGGACCUGGGACCGCUCCCUGCCAAAAUGCCUAUUGGUGCUGUGUGACCGCCCCAGCAUGCCUCCCUACACCCAGAUCUCAGGCGACCGUCGGACAGUGGGCUCAGUCAUUCGCUACACCUGCAUCGGCAGGCGGAGCGUCGUCGGCAACACAACGCGGAUGUGCCAGCUGGACGGCCAAUGGAGCGGCUCUCCGCCACACUGCUCCGGCGAUUCUGCGGGGCUGUGCGGAGAUCCGGGCACUCCCGUGCACGGUAUCCGUCUGGGGGAAGACUUCACGGUGAGCAGUGCUGUCCGCUUCAGCUGUGAGCCCGGCUAUCUGCUGAAAGGCUCACCAGAGAGGACUUGCCUGACCAAUGGGACCUGGCUCGGCACCCAACCUGAGUGUCAUGUGAUGUCCUGUGGAAACCCGGGAACUCCAAGGAAUGCUCAGAUCCUGAUCCACGAUGGCCUAACCUUUUCCAGAUCCAUUACCUACUCCUGCAGGGAGGGCUACUACUCCACCGGCCUGCUCAGCAGACACUGCACCGUUAACGCGACCUGGACCGGCAACACGCCCGAGUGCUCCGUAAUACACUGUGGUGACCCUGGAGUGCCAGCCAACGGGGUGAGGUCAGGCAAUGAUUUUACAUACAACAACACAGUGAGUUACCAGUGUACUCCUGGCUUCACCAUGGACGCUGACAGGGCCUCGACUCUGAAGUGCACCAAGGACCGCACCUGGAAUGGCACCAAACCUCUCUGUAAAGCGAUCGUAUGUGGUCCAGCACCGAUCAUCCCUAACGGACAGGUUGUCGGUACAGACUUCAUCUGGGGCUCGAGCAUCAGCUACUCCUGCAACCAAGGUUACCAGCUGUCCCUGCCCACUGUGUUAACCUGCCAGGGCAACGGCAACUGGAGUGGAGAGAAACCCCAAUGCUUCCCUGUGUUCUGUGGCGACCCGGGGAUGCCAGCCCAGGGGAGGAGGGAGGACCGAGGAUUCACCUACCUCUCCUCUGUCUCCUUCUCCUGCUUCCCUCCCCUCGUCCUUGUGGGCUCCACCAGAAGAUAUUGUCAGUAUGACGGCACCUGGAGUGGCACACAACCCUCUUGCAUAGAUCCCACUCACACUACCUGUGGAGACCCCGGCUCGCCUCUCUUUGGAAAUCAGAACAACUCUCAAGGCUACCAGAUCGGCAGCAUUCUGUUCUUCAGCUGCAGAAAGGGCUACUUACUGCAGGGCUCCAUCUCUCGCACUUGUCUGCCCAUCCUCACUUGGAGUGGUUAUCAACCUGAGUGCAUUGCCCACCACUGCAGCCAGCCGGAGAUGUCGAGCCAGUCUGAUGUGAGAGCCAUCGAGCUGCCGUCCCUUGGCUACACGCUGAUCUAUACAUGUCAGCCGGGUUUCUACUUGGCCGGAGGAUCAGAGCAUAGGACCUGCAGGUCCGAUGGGAGCUGGACAGGGAAACAGCCUCUCUGUGAAGCUGAUAAUCGCUCAAGUGGUAACAGCCCAGUGACAGUGCAGGACCCACCCUCAAAGUUACCAGUCCCUCUUGGGGUUUUCGCUAAGAACUCUCUCUGGAGGGGCUCCUAUGAGUACCUGGGGAAGAAGCAGCCAGCUAUGCUCAGCAUCACUGCCUUUGAGCCCUUCAGCAACCGGGUUAACGGGACGCUCAUCGACCACAGCGGAGUGGAACUCAAACUGUCUGGUACGUUUAAGAAGGAGGAGGCUCAGCUGCUGCUGCAGGUCCACCAGAUCAGAGGCCCUGUGGAAAUCUUUGUCAACAAGUUUAAAAUCGACAACUGGGCCCUAGACGGACAUGUGUCCUACAUCUCUUCAUCCAACUCCUUUGUGUACCAGGGAUUUGUCAGAGGAAAAGGCUUUGGCCAAUUUGGUCUCCAGAGACUCGAGAGUUUAGAUCCCAGCGGAGACAACACAGGAUACAACUUUGCGUCCAACAGCAGCUCAGUGGCGGCAGCCAUCCUAGUGCCUUUUAUAGCCAUGAUCAUUGCAGGCUUCGCUCUGUACCUCUACAAACACAGAAGAAGACCCAAAGUCCCCUUCAACGGUUACGUGGGCCAUGAGAACACUAAUGGACGAGCUACGUUCGAGAACCCGAUGUACGACCGCAACAUCCAGCCCACGGACAUCCUGGCCAGCGAGACAGAGUUCACCGUCAGCACAGUGUGCACAGCUGUAUAGCAACCGCUUCCUCCAGAGUUAGGGGAGGAAAAGUGCACCACAUCUUCGCCUGCCUGCCAGAAGAGGACAUCCAU